CCUGUUCAAAUUGCAAUGAGUCUGGACAUUGCAAGUAUUUCUAGUAUAUCUGAGAGUGACAUGGAUUACACAGCUACCAUAUACCUGCGGCAGCGCUGGACAGACCCUCGGCUGGUCUUUCACGGCAACAAGAGCUUCACACUAGAUGCUCGUCUGGUGGAGCUGCUCUGGGUGCCAGACACAUACAUUGUGGAGUCCAAGAGGUCCUUCCUGCAUGAGGUCACUGUGGGCAACCGCCUCAUAAGGCUGUUCUCUAAUGGCACUAUCUUGUAUGCCCUAAGAAUCACUACUACUGUUGCCUGCAACAUGGACCUGUCAAAAUAUCCUAUGGACACACAAACAUGCAGACUGCAGCUAGAAAGCUGGGGCUAUGAUGAAAACGAUGUCGUCUUCGUGUGGCUGAGAGGAAAUGACUCUGUCCAUGGCAUAGAGAAGCUGCGUCUCUCUCAGUACACGGUGGAGCGUUACUACACUCUGGUCUCCAAGUCGCAGCAGGAGACAGGCAGUUACCCACGACUGAUACUGCAGUUUGAGCUGAGAAGAAAUGUGCUUUACUUCAUUUUGGAGACCUAUGUACCCUCCACUCUGCUUGUCAUGUUGUCCUGGGUUUCUUUUUGGAUCACACUGGAUUCAGUCCCUGCAAGAACCUGCAUUGGAGUUACAACAGUGCUUUCCAUGACAACUCUGAUGAUUGGCUCACGAAGUUCACUUUCCAAAACCAACUGUUUCAUUAAGGCCAUCGAUGUUUACCUUGGCAUCUGCUUCAGCUUCAUCUUUGGUGCCCUUGUGGAAUAUGCUGUGGCUCACUACAGCUCAUCACAGAAGUGUGCAGCUAAAAUACCCCAGGAGGGGCCUGCAAAUGAACUCACUAAAGAAAUGGAAGAAGUCAACAUCACUAACAUCCUCAACAGUUCCAUCGCCAGCUAUAAACAGAAAAUCAGCUUCACAAGCAUUGAGAUUUCCAGCGAUAACGUUAACUGCAGUGACUUGACCAUGAAAACCCAUGAGAAAAUCAAAUGUGUCUUGAGAAACAAAAUGCACAGGAUUAUUGGUUAUUUCACAAUUCAGAACCCUGGCAAUGUGGACCACUACUCCAAAGUGCUUUUCCCUUUGUUUUUCAUGCUGGUCAAUGUGUUUUAUUGGGCUUAUUAUCUAUAUUUUUAG